GGGGAAAAUACUAGAAAAAAAUAUCUGAUUGUAAUGGAUAGAACGAUAGAAUUUGCAUUUACAUAUGUAAAAAAUAAAAAAAUAAAAAAUGUGUGUGGGGGACUGACUGUAACGUUGAUCUGGCAAAUGGAUAAGAGCGAGUCAGCUGAUUAUUACUUUAAUUAAAAUAGAAUUCCUAUUUAAAAAAUGAAAACAGUAAAGUUUAAUUAUUUAUUCACAAAAUCACCAAUCUAAUUUUGAUUUUUUAAUUUUUUAAAAUUUUUAAAAAUCUUUUUGUAACUAGAGAAUCUUAAAAUGUCUAAUUUUAAUUUUUUAUUAAUUUCAUUUGCGGAAAUUUUUCUGUUUUGUGCUGGUGAGGUGAUUAAUUGGAAGUCUGAUUAUUCAGAAUUCCGUCCAAGUGAUGGUGCCGGAGGCAAGACGCUUACUCCAAAAAAUGUUCCAAAUAAGGAAGAAGGUGUUUGUGGUGAUAAACUUUAUAGUUUAUUGAAGCAUUGUGCACAACAGAGCUUCUAUAUAGGUUUAAAUCGACCCAGAUCUGAAUUCGCCGAAUCCGCUCUCUAUCUUAUAAACGGUUGUCUUGAAUGUCCUUAUGGAAAGGCCGAAGCAACUGUAAGUUUACGUAAUCACCUUCCAUCGGGAUCAUUGUUUAGUGGUUGUGGACAGGAGGACAAGAUUGUAAGCUGUGGGCAAAAGAAGCCAAUGACACUUUUUGUUUUAUUGCCACCUGUUGAUCUUCCGAAACUUUUUAGUGAGAGAAACAAUUUCCGUGAAUGGGAUGGGAUUCGUGUAGAUUUGGGAAUUUUUGGAGUUGGUUGGAAUGAACGCUGGCUUGAUUUUGGGGAUGUUUUUCAUUCAACAACAAAAGCAAAACAAUUACCGGAAUUACAAAUUCAUAGCAACAAUUCAAAUAUAAUCCAACAUGACGAAAAACCUCCGAUUUCUGUAUUACCAACACCUGUCGAAUUCAUUGAAGAGUCCGAGAAGAGCAAUGAACAAAAGAAUAAAAAUAAUCAUUUUGAGUUCAAUCUGCCGUUUAUUUUUGCCUGCGUUUUGGUUCCAUUGUUGCUUGGAUUUUCUCUUAGUUUGUUCAAUUACUUGUUCAAAUCCGUAUUCUUCAAAAACUCUAACAAAACUGAAAAUGACUAUGAAUUGGGUGGAGGGGCUUCCAUUACAUCAUCGUCACUUUCAAAAGGAACAACACAUUCGAGCAUUAGUUCAUUGCCUUAA